UCCCCCGGCUCCGGGUGUCUCCGUGACGAGGCAGCGCGGAGCCGCCGCGGGUCGGGCCCAUCCCGCCGCGGCAGCCCCAGGGCCGAGCAGGAGGGAGGCGCGGAGAGAGAGGCGCCGAGCGGAGGCCGGAGCUUGGCCAGAAUGGUGUUGGAAGGAAACCCUGAAGUGGGCUCCCCCCGAACCUCAGACCUCCAGCACCCAGAGAACCAGGGCUCUUGUGUCCUCUCUUCUCCCAGUGAAGAUGCACAGCCAGGGGAGGAGCCCAUCAAGUAUGGUGAACUCAUCGUUCUGGGAUGCUGUGAGGAAGGAGGUGAGGAAACCGAGGCUCAGAGAGGGGAAGUGACUGGCCCAAGGGCACACAGCUGCUACAAUGGGUGUCUGGCAAGUGGGGACAAGGGCCGCCGCCGAAGCCGCCUGGCACUGAACCGCCGGCCACACGCCAAUGGAGUGAAGCCGGACGUCAUGCACCACAUCUCCACACCGCUUGUGUCCAAGGCACUGAGCAACCGUGGCCAGCACAGCAUCUCGUACACACUGUCCCGGAGCCACUCGGUCAUAGUCGAGUACACACAUGACAGUGACACAGACAUGUUCCAGAUUGGCCGCUCCACGGAGAACAUGAUCGACUUUGUGGUAACAGACACGUCCCCUGGAGGAGGGGCUGCCGAGGGCCCCUCUGCCCAGAGCACCAUCUCCCGCUAUGCCUGCCGCAUCCUCUGUGACCGCCGGCCGCCCUAUACCACCCGCAUCUAUGCCGCUGGCUUCGAUGCCUCCAGCAACAUCUUCCUUGGAGAGCGGGCAGCCAAAUGGCGGACCCCUGACGGCCUGAUGGACGGCUUAACCACCAACGGGGUCCUGGUGAUGCACCCAGCAGGCGGCUUCUCUGAGGACUCGGCCCCGGGUGUCUGGCGGGAGAUCUCGGUCUGUGGGAAUGUAUAUACUCUGAGGGACAGCCGCUCGGCACAGCAGCGGGGGAAGCUGGUGGAAAACGAGUCCAACGUGCUGCAGGACGGCUCCCUCAUUGACCUGUGUGGAGCUACGCUGCUGUGGCGCACGCCGGCGGGGCUGCUGCGGGCGCCCACGCUGAAGCAGCUGGAGGCCCAGAGGCAGGAGGCGAAUGCAGCGCGGCCCCAGUGUCCCGUGGGCCUCAGUACCCUCGCCUUCCCCAGCCCGGCCCGUGGCCGCACGGCACCUGACAAGCAGCAGCCCUGGGUCUACGUCCGCUGUGGCCACGUCCACGGCUACCACGGCUGGGGCUGCCGACGUGAGCGGGGCCCCCAGGAGCGCGAGUGUCCUCUCUGCCGCCUCGUGGGGCCCUACGUGCCCCUGUGGCUCGGCCAGGAGGCCGGCCUCUGCCUGGACCCCGGGCCGCCCAGCCACGCCUUCGCACCUUGUGGCCACGUCUGCUCUGAGAAGACUGCCCGCUACUGGGCUCAGACGCCACUGCCCCAUGGCACCCACGCUUUCCACGCUGCUUGUCCCUUUUGUGGGGCCUGGCUCACCGGCGAGCAUGGCUGUGUCCGCCUCAUUUUCCAGGGGCCGCUGGACUAGGCUCCCUGGGGGCCCCCUGCUGCCGCGCCCGCCUGCCCACCCAGGUCCCCCACCUCCUGCAGCCCAGAGGGAGCUCUGCAUGUGGGACUCUACCUGCUGGCACAUCGCCACACCAGAUGGACGGGUUGGAUGGAUGGUGCCCUUCCCCUCUUAACUCUGGCUCCAAAGGGGGGUCUCUGGGACCCCUACCUUGGUCAGAAUGAUGGGGCCCUCAGCACCAGCUCUGUCCCGGGCUGAUGGAGGGAGGCUCACCCCUACGCCCUGGCCCUUCCUGGGGCAUCCCACAUCAUGCCACCUACACUGUGCCCCUGGGGGAAUGAAGGGGCCAUGGGCCCCUGACCCCCAGCUUAGGCUGGCUGUGCCCUGAGCCUGCUGACCCAGUUCCAGAUAAUCACCCUGCUGCUGCCCUGGGUUCCUCUAUAAACCUUGCUGCUCAGCUGCCCUCACAAAUCCCUCGUGUCCUGCAUGUGUGCAACGCCUCCAGCACCUAAGGGAGUGCCGGGUGGGCAGCAGGCUGGGACCGACAUCUGCGGAUACCCACUGUGGGCAGGACUCCUUGCCAAGUGGGAUCUGGGGACACAGAGACAGUCAGACCUGGUUCCCUGCCUGGUAGAGUUCACAGUCUAGUGGAUGACAGACAAAUUACUGAAGGACAGCAUGGCUUCCUGUGUGCUGGGAUCAGAGAAUCACCAGGAGCUGUGAAGCUGGUCUCACUGGAGGGUAGAAAAGUGAGGAGUGAGAGAGGCUUCACUGAGGAGGCGCAUAAGGGCUCCGCCUCGUUGGACUGCUGGGAAUCCCCACAGGAAGGAUCCACAGGAAGUGGUGGGGGGUACUUAAGGCAGAAGGGAGGCCGAGCACAGGCUCAGGUGUAAGUAUGCAGGGAACUGAGUGAGAGGUUCAGAGUGGCUGGAGCAUGGGCUUCAGGGGGCAGAAAGGUGGCUGGAACGAGAUGCUGGCGCCAUGCUGACAGGGAAGAUGCUGGGUGAAAGUUCCGAUUCUCAUUUCUGGACAGUCAGGAGUUGAGCAGGGGCGGGGGGGCGGGGAGAGGACUCGUGGUUCCAGAGUGUUGGCUGUGACACAAGGGCUACCAUCACCGAAUGCCCACUAUGUGCCCUGCACUGUGCUAAUGGUAAUAAUAACUAUGUUCAUUGAGCACUCACCAG